CGUCAUCUGAGCGCGCCGCUUGCCUGACGCCGAAUUGCCCACAGUCUGCAUGGUCGGCAGAAGGAGAGCUUUGCGUGAUGGCGGAGUUGAAAGCCCCGGAGCCCCUGGAAAUCGAAAACAGGAUCAUUGAGCUUUGCCAUCAGUUUCCUCAUGGCAUCACAGACCAGGUGAUUCAGAAUGAUAUGCCUCACAUGGAAGCUCAGCAACGAGCCAUGGCCAUUAACAGACUGCUCUCUAUGGGGCAGCUGGAUCUACUCAGGAGCAGCAGUGGCCUCCUUUAUAGAAUUAAGGAAUCGCAGAAUGCUGGUAAAAUGAAAGGAUCUGACAAUCAGGAGAAAUUGGUGUAUCAAAUUAUAGAAGAUGCAGGAAACAAAGGUAUUUGGACCAGGGAUAUUAGGUAUAAAAGCAACCUUCCCUUAACUGAAAUCAAUAAGAUCUUGAAGAACCUGGAAAGCAAAAAACUUAUAAAAGCAGUGAAAUCUGUUGCGGCUUCCAAGAAGAAAGUCUAUAUGCUAUACAACCUCCAGCCUGAUCGUUCUGUGACAGGAGGCGCUUGGUAUAGUGACCAGGACUUUGAAUCUGAAUUUGUAGAGGUGCUCAACCAGCAGUGCUUUAAGUUUCUACAGUCCAAGGCUGAAGCUGCUCGAGAUAGCAAACAGAACCCUAUGAUACAGAGAAACAGUUCAUUUGCAUCUUCUCAUGAAGUGUGGAAAUAUAUCAGUGAGUUGGGUGUCAGUAAGGUGGAAUUAUCGAUGGAGGACAUUGAAACCAUUCUAAAUACAUUAAUAUAUGAUGGGAAAGUGGAGAUGACCAUCAUUGCUGCUAAAGAAGCCACAGCUGGCAGUGUGGAUGGGCGUAUGAAACUGUACAGAGCUGUCAAUCCAAUCAUACAACCCACUGGCUUAAUUCGGGUGCCUUGUGGGCUCUGUCCGGUUUUUGAUGACUGCCAUGAAGGUGGAGAGAUAUCGCCAUCGAACUGUAUCUAUAUGACGGAAUGGCUACAAUUCUAGCAGUCAGCGGUUGUGCGAGUUUUUUUUAUAACCAAAGUUGAUGAACCUGUUUACUAUUUAAUUUUGGACUCUUUUUUAUUGGAGACUUGUGGCCUGGCAUAUUUUUGAAAAUUCUCAAUUACUUUUGGAGGAAUACUGUUUUGACACAUGCUAAGGCAGGAAUGCACAGACCGUGUGCUCCAGGUAUUUGAGGCCACCGUGGCCCAGUAAGGAAUGGUGUAAUUUGAAGCCCCAAAGCAUUUGGAGGGGAAAGAUUCCUCACUCUGCAAAAGGAAGCUCUGAAAUGUUCCUUGUGUUAAGCCUCAAUAGGGAUAAUUAAAUAUGGUUAUAUAUAGAAAGACAUGGAAAGACAAAUUCUGCUUUGAGGGGAUUAGUCUGAGCUUUGUUAAAAUAAAGGUAUUUGUUGUAGUUGAGUCACAGAGUUACCUUUAUGAUCAUAAUGUUAAAAAGAGCAGUGAUUUAAAAAAAGAUAGCCCAGCUUAGGGGCUGAAAAUCAUUGCUGCCAAAUCACUCAGAUGUUAGGAGCCCCCAUUGGCGAAGCGGGUUAAACCCCUGUGCCGGCAGGACUGAAGACGGACAGGUCGCAGGUUCGAAUCCAGGGAGAGCAUGGAUGAGCUCCCUCUAUCAGCUCCAUCUUCUCAUGUGGGGACAUGAGAGAAGCCUCCCACAAGGAUGGUAAAAACAUCAAAAGAUCUGGGCGUCCCCUGGGCAACAUCCUUGCAGAUGGCCAAUUCUCUCACACCAGAAGUGACUUGCAGUUUCUCAAGUUGCUCCUGACACGACAAAAAAACAAACAAAACAAAAACAAAACAAAACCAAAAACCUCAGAUGUUCCCCUGUGCUAGCCUCAUUAAUGGUAUUGUUAGACUUGGGACAUAGAUUUUAUUAUGAUGCAUGCAAAAAUAUUACUGCAUUCUAUAGGUGGGAGCAAAAUUUGAUGUCUCUCGGUCAGUAGAAAGUUGAAUGUAAUAAAAGGCAGAAGGUUCAGCCAGGUGGCUCUUGAGGUCCCUUCUCAGUCCCCAUCUACACUGCCAUAUAAAAUCGAUGGUAGACUCAUAAUCCAGUUCAAAGAAGAUAAUGUGGAUUAUCUGAUUUGAUAAUCUGGAUUAUAUGGUAGUGUAAAACCUUGUGAAAUGUCCGUAAUCCCAAUUUUAAAUUCUGCUGAAAAAAACUCUCUUGAAGUUGUUUCUUUUAAUAUGAAGAAGCCAACUUGAUGCACGUUUGACAUUUCCCAACAGAGAGAUCUUUAAUGAAAGAUUAGAGAAAUCAUGAAAGAUACUAUAUGCAAGAUCAAAGGUAUGAUUCCUCUGGAUAUCAGUCAUUGGCGCGAACAAGAGGAGAGAGUAGUUGCAGCCAUGUCUCUCAACUUUUUUAGUAUGCAGCGGACUUGCUCUGUCAGUUCUGUUCCCUCCUCUGCAUUCAAAGCAUGUGCUACAAUACAAUGUGUAAUAAGAAAUUGAUUUAUUAAAAAUGUGCAUUUUCAAGAUAAAGAUGCCUGAACUUCUCCACACCAGCAACAGAACCAGUAAGAAACUAUUUGAGACCAUAACAUCCAUCGACUUCUCUCUGAUCCUGGCUGACAGUGUAUAUUCGAAGCAAAACAAAAUAGUCAAAAGGGCACAGUGACUGCAGCAGUUGAUCCUCUGAGUCUGGGGAGUGAGUACAAGAACCAAAGGUGGAAUCCACAAAAGCAGUACGCAUGGCAAGUUUGUCACAAUCUGGAAAGGAACAGAAAUGGAAAUUACUUGAUAGGCAGGGACAUUGGUAUGAAGAGUUACUCAAAUGAUGGAUUUCUUUGAGUUGCAACUGCUGGGGACUAUUCUACACUAUCAGCUGGAUGAGAGAAGUCAGAUGUAAUACAAGUGUAAUGUAAUGAAGUACAUAUUAUAUAAUAUGUAGCAUUAUUCAUUCAUUAAAAGUAACAUGGGCAUA